AUGAGUGAGAAGGCGGAACCACAAGGGUCCGAUUCCACGGGCUCUGGAAUGAGGACAGCCACCGCUUUGGAAGGCCUCUCCUUUGUGGACGAAAACAAAAUGCAUCACGACUUUCGUCGACUGAAGGGCAAUCAGAUGUACUUUGUUGAUCACUGCACCUUCUAUGAAAAGAAUGGGGCACGAGGUGAAAAACGCAUUUUUGCUCUCACUCCCACGGCGUUCUUUGUGCUUGAUUUUGCCGGUACAAUGGAGCGGGCCAGCCCCUAUGAGCUCAUUACAGCCAUGUACCAGAAGAAAACGAAGGACAAGAAGAUUUUAUCGUUAAAUUCAGCCGAAUAUCAUCUUUUGCUGAAGAUUCCGACCGAAAUUGACUGCCACAUCAGCUUUGUUAACGCCAACUCCUUCCAGAAUUGUACCCACGUGCUUGCCACGUUGUUACAGGCGCGGCGUGGGGCACCCUUCAGUGUGAAGGAAAUUCCAUCCGAUAAGGAGAUUGAGUUCUUUUGCAACGAAGUACGUCGGGAAGGGUAUUACACCCCGCGUGAGGUGGCGGAAAUUAACCGCCAGCGCUUCCAUUUUGAUGCCUUUAUUUGCUCAGCUCGGUCGCAUAUUAUGGAGUUGCUUUCGCGGUUGGAGGCGACAAAGGCUCAAAUUACCACCCACGAGAAUGAAGUUGAGGAUCUCAAGAAGCAAGGCAUCGAUGAGAAGUCCAUUCGACAGCGCAAGGUGAAGUUGGAGGAGAAGCAAGUGCGGCUGCAUAAGCAGAUGUCUCAAAAGCACGAUGAGUGCGAGCGGGUCCUUGACACCGUCAAGGAAUUGCAGGAGAAGUUGACAGCCCUCAGUGGCAACAAGGAGGCGCUGGUGGAGAAGGGCGUGGCGGAGAUGAAGGCAAAGCUGAACAAGAAACAAGAGGGCACCGUGGCACUUCGUCGCAGUGCCCAGCAGAAGGAAAAGCAUGCAGUAGUAGAAAGCGUCGCUGCAUACAAGAAGGAACUGCAUGCCGCAUGGGCAAGUGUCACGGAUGAGAAGAGAAGGAGUAUUGUCUCACAGAUUGAAGCAUCUUUUGUGGAGUUGGAGCGGGAGUUAGAGGCUCUGUACCGCCUAGAGAAGUUCCUUGCCACGAUCAAUGGGAAAUUGCAGGUGCAGAAUGAUCUGAUCAGCGCACAGAACCUUGAGAAGGAAAAGUUCAUCAAUGAGCGUGAAAAGAGGGUGGUACUUUCACGGAACGCCGCUUCUGCGGGGCAGGGAGGAAAUAUUCUUGACGACCCCUUGAUUAACCUUUCUGCACCCCCUGCAGGUGCUGCUAUUGCUGUUGAUGAUCUGUUGGAAAAUGUCACAGCCGAUGAGGAUCUUUUGUGA